AUGGAGUACUGGCCAAACGACUCUGGUUUCGACACUUGCUACGAGGAACACUUGCCCGUUGCGCUCGCAGUCAAAGGCAAUAUCCCAUACUACGCUGCUGGGGUUCUCUUCAGAACUGGGCCCCUGGGUUACAAAGCGGAGACAGAUGAUGGGAAAAUAUGGGCAGCAAAUCAUUGGUUCGACGGCUUCUCCAGCGUUCAUCGCUUCCAGAUUGACUUCCCGGACCAGGCUGGCCCUGCUCAGGUCAAUUACCGUUCCCGACGCAACGUUGACGAGUACCUCGAGCUUGUCCGCACGACAGGCAGAGUCGACAGCAUCACGUUUGCUUCCAAGCGUGACCCUUGCGAGAGCUUCUUCAAGAAAGUUAUGAGUGUAUUCCAUGCUAAGCGUGAUACAUACAAUGUUGGUGUGACACUUUCGAUGAACAUGCCGGGCGGUGGCUACCAGAGGGAUACUGAGAAGCCAAUGAUCAGCGGACACACCAAUGGUAUUGAGACAUUGCACGUCAAGACGGACACUCUCAUGGUAAAAAGAAUAGAUCCCGAGACGCUGGAGCCCCGGGGCAUCGCAACUCAGGUACUGCUCCAUCCAGACUUGAAAGGUCCUCUCUCUGCUGCGCACGCAAAGUCUGACCCUCUCACGGGCGACAUUUUCAAUUUCAAUCUCGAGUUCGGAUACAAGAGUACCUACCGCGUCUUCCGGACGUCAGCUUCCACGGGCAAGACCAAAAUCCUCGCCACCUUCACCGACACACCAGCGUACAUACACUCCAUCUUCCUCACUGGGAACCACGUCAUUCUAUGCAUCUGGAACAGCCAUAUAAAAUGGGGUGGUAUCUCGGUUCUCUACAACAAAAAUAUCGUGGAUGCUAUCAGUCCUUUGGAUCCCAGCUCCAAAGCAGUCUGGUACGUCAUCGAUCGCACUGGCGACAGAGGCCUCAUCGCACGCUACGAAAGCGAUCCCUUCUUCUGCUUCCACAGUGUCAACGCGUGGGAAGAGCCAUCAUCCACCGACCCCUCGCAGACCGACAUCAUCGCCGAGCUCAGCAUGUUCGAAAACACCGACACACUCCACCGCUUCUACUACGACAACCUGCUCUCCUCGACCGCGAGUCCAGAAUUCACGGGCACAAGACGCCUCUCCUGCUUGCCCAUGCAAACACAAUUCAGACUCCCAGAUAUCCAUAACGCGGGCAAAGACAAGUUCUGUCCACCCCGCAAAGCGCAACUCGUCUUCCAGGCUCCAAAGGCGCUUUCGCUCGAACUUCCCACGAUCAACCCUCUCUAUCUCACGCACCGCCACCGGUACUCUUACGGGUGUACCGACCGUCUGAAAUCCUCUUUCAUGGAUGGUAUUGCCAAGUUCGAUAACGUCACCCAGACUAGUAUCUUCUGGGAGACUGAGGGACAUACGCCCGGGGAGCCGAUUUUCAUUGCUGACCCAGAGGGAAAGGAGGAAGACGAUGGUGUCUUACUGACGGUCGUAUUAGAUGGUUACGUGGAGAAGAGCUACUUGCUCGUGUUGGAUGCGAGAGAUCUGUUCGAGAAGGGUAGAGCGGAGAUGCAAGGGCCGAUGAGCUUUGGUUUCCAUGGGGCAUUUAAGGGGACGGGACGAGAGUAUCUGGGCGAUAUAUGA